AUGACGACUAUAACACUGAGAAAUGGAGUGGAAAUGCCGAUGAUUGGACUUGGCACCUUACAGGUAAUCGCUCUGACGCAACAUUUUUUACGUGACCUAGUAGGUCAAGGUGUUUGCCCAAAAAACCCCGGAAAUGUACUCAACGCUUGAUUAAGAUGGUCAAAAAUCCCAAAAAAUAUCAAACUCACCUAGAAAAAAAGACAAAAUUGUUAUCAAUACAUCAUUUUUAGUCGAGUCCCGAAGAAUGCCUCAACGCGAUUCAUGCUGCGUUGGACGCCGGCUACACCCUAAUUGAUACAGCGUCCAUUUCCGAAAAUGAAGAAGAUAUCGGGAAAGCCUUGGAAGCGUAUUUUGAAACUGGAAAGUUGAGCCGGGAAGAUGUGUUUAUCAUUACGAGAGUGAGCUUGGACAAAAAAUUGUAUUAUCGGUUUGUCGGAAAAAUAACGUGGAUUUGUCGCAAAAAAUGCCUGCCUCGUCGCAAAUUUACAGCGGCGGCUAGAAAGUGAUGUCGAGCAAUUCAAAGGCGAAUCCACAUUAUUUCCCCGACAGACGAAUACUUUCGAAACCUCGCCGUUUGGUAGCUGUAUAUUUCCCAUAUUUUAGUUUUGGUUCUUACAAGUCCGACCCGAAGACGUCGAGAAAACGUUACUGGAGAAGUUGAAGGCGUUGCGAACGGACUACGUUGACUUAUAUGUGACUCAUCAGCCGAAAGAGGCAUUGGUAAUAGACAUGGCUAGUGGGCCGGGCCGGCCCGGCCCGGCCCGGCCCAGCCCCCCGGGGGGCCGGGCUGGGCCGGGCCGACCUCUUCCGGCCCCCGGGCCGGGCCGACCGGGGGCCCCCGCCAGGCCCCCAAUCGGCCCCCAAUGACUAAAAUUCUCAGUCUCAAAGCGAAAAUUAGGGUUGCCAAUAAAAAUAAAACGCAGAGCCAAGAACCGAUUGGGUUUUUUGAAGUACUUUAGGCAAUGGUUGGUAAUUUUUUGUGUCAAAAUUUAUUGUCGAUUGGUAUAACAAAAAAAUGGGGACUAGGGUAGUACAACCCGCCAGCUCAGUUCAGCCCCCCCUGGACCCAGUAUAAACCCCCUCAUCCAAUCUGAAGCGCCUACUCGGGAUUGGGUUCUCUCGGCUACGAUCAUCGUUGCCUGAACCACAAGAACGAAUUUGGACGGUAACUGGGGCUUUGAACUAAAACGCCUGGGGUCAUUUUACUCUAAUUUGCAUUUUUUGUAUAAUUCCAAUUUUUUAAUUACGGGGUGUGAAAUGGACAAAACAGUGGGGGUUUGAACUACCUUUCGUAGGGAGCUGAACUACCAAAGCCCCAAAAAAAUGUGUUAUAUCUCGCAAUGAAUGCAGUAUUUAUAUUUACAGUUCGGCCCCCUGUCGGCCCCCGGCCCGGCCCGGCCCCCUGGGGGCCGGGGCCGGGCCGGGCCGAGAAAAUUUGAAGGGGGCCGGGGCCGGGCCGAACCCUUCCGGCCCCCGGGCCGGGCCGCGAUUUUCGGCCCGGCCCGGCCCCCCAGCCAUGUCUAAUUGGUAAGUGGACGAUGUUACUCUAUGUAAAGGUGGUCAUAUAAGAUCUCGGAAUUUUUUUUCUCCCAAAUCGCGAUUUUCGGUGCACAAAAAAGUCGACGCCCAAAUCGAAAAAUUGGCGUCGACUUAAAACCCCGAUUUUCAACUCGGCACCCUAUUUCAAAUCUUAUAAAGUGUGCACCAAAUUCAGGAAUUCGGUGUUGAUUUUAUAUUCCUGCUCAAGAAGAAUUUUUUUGGUUUUCGCCAAUCUUCAAGGUAUAUUUUAUGAAUGAAGACAAGAUGGAAUUUGUUCAAAAAGGGAAUUUUUACCAACAGCAGGCUGCCCCGUUCGAUUUGAUGUCUAGAUUUCCCGUUUUCUGCUCGAAUAAAGCACCAAAUUUUGGAAUUUUGUGAUGUUUGUUGUACCAUGGAUAAUGUAAGUCGAUUUUCCUAUUUUUUUGUGUUCUUUGAAAACCAAAUUACAGCAAAAGGUAGAAUAGGCUUUUAGCUUUAUUGUAAUAUACAGGGUGCGGCAAAAAAAUGGAAACUUUUUUCAUUGGGUCCUGACGCGAAAAUUUUUAAGUGCAGCAAAAUUAUUUUCAUACCAUUAAAUUCUACGUAGUUUUCUCUCCUUGACCUUAUAAUUUCAUGUCCAUAUCGGUUUACUAACAUUCUUUUUUUGAAUGACAAACAGAGGGACCUCGAUUUCGGACCUGUUUUUUUACCUGUGCGAACUGUUAAUUUUCCCGGCAUAGAAAGCACGUUGUGUCCAAAGUAAUCACACAAUGCAAGGAGCUUUUCGACAAUUUUAAGCGUCCAGUAAGCGAAAGAAAACGCAUCGCCAACACUUCUGCCAGCCGCGGAGUCAUCAACAGCGAAAUCCGUCGAUUUCCAGAAAAAAUUGCCCGUGAGACCGGCAUCAGCGACCGACCAGUCGGCCAAAUAGCUAAAAAUCAACUCAAGGUCUCCCCACGCAAGGUCUAAAAUGCCCAACUCCUAAUCGGCAAGAUCAAGCCCGUACACCUAAAAAAAUGCCGAAAAUUCAGACGUCGGGCCGCAGGUCCGCGAUGGGAGCGCAUUCCCUUCGCGGUGCAACCUUUGGCGGGUGCACAACCAAAAGAACGUCAUAGUCCAAUCCGAUGAGGCCCUCUGCACGUCGGCUAACGACGAACACCGUCAAAAUAAGGGCCGUCAUCGCCUAAGGCGGAAUUUGUGCCAGCGGCAAGAAUUCCGAGAUUUUCGUGGAUCAAGCGGGCAAAAUUCUAGCGCCGCGUUAACUUCGAUUUCCUCAUGCUUCUGUUGGCUCAGUAGAACCUUGGCAGCGCAAAUUUGGCGUUCCAACUAGACUCAGCGCCGACUCACAGGGCAACAGCCAGUCAAGACCGAUUUUGAGACCGAUUUUCCCGAUUUCACCCCGUCUGUAAAAAGAGCGCCUGCUCGCCGGGUAUAGAUCCAAUGGACUGUAAUUUUUUUUCAAUUGGAGGCUAUCAUCUGUACUACACGCCACAAAAGUUUGGAGUUGCAAAGUAAUCGCUGCGUCAAGGACGGGACGGAUUUCCCUGAAAAAAGCUGCGGCCAAAAGGCCAAAAUUUUAAGUCACGUUUGGAGCUCUAUAUCGCCACCAAAAGCAGCCACGGUAAAACGGGUUGAAUAUGUUAUAAACAAUGCUCUAUGUUAUUGAGGAUGACCGUUACUUUUGCGGAAUUUGGAUUGCCAGGAAAAAUAUAGCUAUAAAAAUAAGUUUCCAUUUUUUUGCCGCACCCUGUAAAUUUCGAACCAGAAACAUCGAGUUUCACCAAAUUUUUAUAUUGUACUUGCUUCACGUUUUUGGCUAUCUGCUAUUCCAUAAAAUUAGUCCUAUUUUCACGGUAUAAUUAAUCUAGUGGCCAGUCCUAAACCUAUAUCUGUCCAUUUUUUGGCGAGUUUGCACAAAAAAAUAGGAAAAUCAACUUACAUUAUCCAUGGUACAACAACCGUCACAAAAUACCAAAAUUUGGUGCUUUAUCCGAGCAUAAAACGGGAAAUCUAGACAUCAAAUCGAACGGGGCAUCCUGCUAUUGGUAAAAAUUCCCUUUUCGGACAAAUUCCACCUUGUCUUCAUUCAUAAAAUAUAUCUUGAAUAUCGGCGAAAACGUAAAAAAAUUCUUCUCGAGCAGGAAUAUAAAAUGGGUCAACUGUUCCCCAAAAAGUCUGCACCGAAGGCUUAAGUCAACACCGAAUUCCGGAAUUUGGUACACACUUUAAAAAGUUUUGGAAUUGGGUGCCGAGUUAAAAAUCGGGGUCUUAAGUCGACGCCAAUUUUUCGAUUUGGGCGUCGACUUUUUUGUGCACCGAAAAUCGCGAUUUGGGGAGAAAAAAAUUCCGAGAUCUUAUAUGACCACCUUUCCAUUCUACAAAGCAUUUGUGCUUUAUUUUGCUGGUUUAGCAUUAAAAAUUUUUUACUUAUCUACCUUCCGGGCCGGGCCGGGCCGAAAGUGCCGGGCCGGGCCGAAAAGUGUCGAAAGUGUCGGCCCGGCCCGCGGGCCGAAGCGGUCAGGCCGGCCCAAGGAUUUUUUACAGAUUUGAAAAAGCCCUGGGCCGGCCCGAUUGCCACCUCUACACCGGAUCGUUGAAUAUCUCGUGUGAAAGAGAUGACCAAAAUGUUCUUUCCUCCUCUGACCGCUCUCCGCCUUUUGCGCAUUCUCUCGGCCACAAAGCUCCUGGAAUAUCUCGGCUGUGCGUGCAAAGUGCGAGCUAAAAUUUCCGAGGCUUUACAUUUGGCGAGCGUUUGUUGUGUAGAAGUUUGCUGUGCAGAGGUGCACUGUAUUUUCCUUCUAAGUUAUUUAUCUUCCCGAUUCCAGGAAGCGGAAUACAACGAAACCGACUUCGAGCACACCUGGAAGGCCAUGGAAGAGGUCUACCAAAAAGGUUUGGCCAAGUCCAUUGGGGGCUCGAAUUUAUGUCGUUCCCAAAUUGAAGAGAUUCAGGACAUCGCUGAUUUCUCACUUGACAUUCUUCAAGUGGAUGAGGAAUGGUUCUACGAAGCGCCCCAUGUGGUCGAUCUUUGCGUACAACUAGGAACCCCCGUAACUACGUAUAUCCUUCAUGAAUCGCCGGAAAUGAUGAAAGUGGUGGCCCAUAGAGGCAGGGGAUUUUUUAAUUCGAAUUGA